AUAUAAAGAAUCCUUUAUUCUUCUUCUUACAACCACAACAACCAGCACCAAAAGCAAUUUCCAAGAAAUUCCAGAAACAUCCAUUUCAUAAAUGGCUAAAGACGUGGAAGGAGCAGAGGGAUUUCCGGCGAGGGACUACGAAGAUCCACCGCCUACUCCGUUCUUCGACGCGGAGGAGCUGACCAAGUGGUCUUUAUACAGAGCCGUCAUCGCCGAGUUCGUAGCCACUCUCCUCUUCUUGUACGUCACCGUUUUGACUGUCAUCGGCUACAAGAUUCAGUCCGACACAACCGCCGGCGGAGUCGACUGCGGCGGCGUCGGAAUCCUCGGCAUCGCCUGGGCUUUCGGUGGCAUGAUCUUCAUCCUUGUCUACUGCACCGCCGGUAUCUCAGGUGGUCACAUAAACCCUGCGGUGACGUUCGGCUUAUUCUUGGCACGGAAGGUAUCGCUGAUUAGGGCGGUUCUUUACAUGGUGGCUCAGUGUUUGGGUGCGAUUUGUGGAGUUGGGUUUGUGAAGGCCUUUCAAAGCUCUUACUACGUUCGUUACGGUGGAGGAGCCAACUCUCUCGCCGAGGGAUACAGCACAGGGACUGGACUCGCCGCAGAGAUCAUCGGCACAUUCGUUCUCGUCUACACUGUCUUCUCCGCCACUGAUCCAAAACGCAACGCUCGAGACUCCCACGUUCCCGUGUUGGCGCCACUUCCGAUUGGGUUUGCGGUGUUUAUGGUUCACUUGGCCACUAUUCCGAUCACCGGAACCGGAAUUAACCCGGCUAGGAGUUUCGGAGCUGCCGUUAUCUAUAACGAGUCCAAGCCAUGGGAUGACCACUGGAUAUUCUGGGUGGGACCAUUCAUCGGAGCUGCCAUUGCUGCAUUUUAUCAUCAGUUCGUUCUAAGGGCCUCAGGUUCCAAGUCCCUCGGAUCCUUCAGAAGUGCGGCCAACGUUUGAAUUUAGCCUCACACACACAAAAACUGUGGCUGCUAUUAUGUAGAAAUUGGGCACGUGAUUAUAUAAACAUGCCCUGUUUCCCCUUGUGUCUUUCGUUUUUUUCCUCUGCUUAUAUUUGUGUGAAUUCCAAUUAUUGGGGAGUUUUAGUGUUUUACGCUUUCAUCUUGGCAAUGUCACUGAGUUUGGGUAUUGAGAAAAAAAUCGACCACUUUGCUUCGCUUA